AUGAACCAGGCAAGCCAGUACGGAGCCGCCCCGAGACGAACUAAUACAUAUGGCUCUCAGCAUGAUGAACUCCAUAUUUCUUCUACUAUGAGCCACAGCGGCCAAAUCUCUCCGCGGGACUAUACUACCGCCUCCGCUCCGCACAUCAAACUCGACCAACCUGCAUCGCAACCCGUCAAUCCUCAAUACCAAACUUCGGGUGUGCCCAACGUCCUUCAACCUGGAGGACUAGGCCCCGGUCGUCCCCCCGCUCUAAGUGCCAAUACCGCACCUACCCUACCCACCAUGUCCGGUGCCAUACAACACUCUCCGAGCGAGUACGCUUCGCCGUCCAAGCCACCGACUUUGAGUUUAUCAGCACACGGCUACUCUCGCUCUAGUCCUGCCGCUCCUUACGAGAAUUCUUCUACCUCGUACUCCCCCUACACUCCUACCACCCCCGGAGGAUCCAACCCCGGCUCAUCACAGUACAUGUCGCCGCAAGAUCCUAAAUAUACCGCUCCCGGCUCUCAGCGAAACAUCUCCAACACACCGCUUGGCCUAGCAGACAUCCGACCUCGAGCCGACUCAAGUCUAUCCGAUGGCCCGCCUGGUACACUGGGCUACGAGCUCGCCAACGUUCAACCAUCUACCAGUAAUUACUUGGCUCCUUGGGCGCUAUAUGCAUUCGACUGGUGCAAAUGGGCUCCCCAAGCCAGGGGCGCCGGCAAGGUUGCCAUUGGAAGCUAUCUAGAAGAUGGCCAUAACUUUAUUCAAAUACUCGACACACAGGUUACGAAUACCCCUUCCGAUAUAUAUACCCCCGGUUCGUCUAAGUAUAGCAUGGAAUUUACCAAGGUUGCAGAAGCAACCCAUUCAUACCCCGUUACGCGCCUUCUGUGGGAACCUCCAUCUUCCCAGAAGCAAUCUACUGAUUUACUGGCUACUUCUGGCGAUCAUCUUCGGCUAUGGUCCUUGCCAUCCGACGCCCAGUCAUCCCAUUCGAAUAAUAUAACCAAGCCGAACCUAGGCGCGCCUAUAACGAAGCUUACACCAUUGGCGCUAUUGUCUAAUUCAAAGACGCCAGACCACACGGCGCCUCUCACGUCGUUGGAUUGGAACACCGUCUCGCCCAGUCUUAUCAUCACCUCCAGCAUCGACACGACUUGCACUAUCUGGGAUAUUCCGUCCCUAACAGCCAAGACGCAACUUAUUGCUCACGAUAAGGAAGUCUACGAUGUUCGAUUUUGUGCCAAUAGUGUGGACGUGUUCGUUAGCUGUGGACAAGAUGGGAGUGUGCGAAUGUUCGACCUUCGCAGUUUGGAGCAUAGUACUAUCAUCUAUGAACCAACCGCCAAGGAUGACCGAGAUGCGAAUGGUGGCAGGAUAAGCCCGACGCUGGCCCAGCAAACCAUGUCUCACGCACCGCCCCUCCUGAGGUUGGCAACCUCGCCUCAUGACACUUAUCUCUUAGCUACAUUCGCCCAAGAUUCUAAUGUUAUUCGCAUUCUUGAUGUACGACAGCCGGGGCAAGCGUUGCUGGAACUACGCGGCCAUGGUGGAUCCCUGAGCUCAGUUGAAUGGUCUCCUGGACGGAGAGGGCUACUCGCUUCCGGUGGCGAUGACUGUCAAGUUCUACUAUGGGAUCUGAUUAACAGUACUCCUACCCCCGGUUCGUCCUCCAACGGCGCCGGCUCGGCAGAGAAACACCUCAGCCCGGUUGCUAGUUGGCAGUGCGACUACGAGGUUGGCAACCUUGGCUGGGCUCCUCCUCUCCACAGUGGAGACGGUGUUGGCGACUGGCUAGGUGUUAGUGGUGGACGAGGAGUCUGGGGUGUCAAGAUUUGA